GGCGCCAUGGGGCGGUGGGUGCUGGCGGCCGCGGCGCUGGCGGCGCUGCUCGGGGCGCUGCGGGCCGACACGCCGGCCAACUGCUCCUUCGCCGACCUGCAGGGCACCUGGGAGCUGCGCGUCUGGCGGGGCAACGCCGCCCGCGGCCGCCACAGCAACUGCUCGCAGCCGGGAACUGUGGAAAGAAAAGUGGUUGUGAGUCUUCAGAAAUUAGACGUGGCUCAGGAUAGCCUAGGCAAUUAUGGCUUCUUCACUCUGAUUUACAAUCAAGGCUUUGAGCUUGUGAUAAAUGACUACAAAUGGUUUGCCUUUUUUAAGUACAAAAAGGAAGGCCAGAAUGUAACCAGCUACUGUAAUGAGACUCUACCAGGAUGGGUACAUGAUGUACUUGGCCGCAAUUGGGCUUGUUUCAGCGGGCAGAAGAUUUCUUCAUCUCCAUCAGAUGUUCAUACAAAUCAGCUGCCUUUCCAGAGGCCCAAGGGAAGACUUUCAAGCAGACGUUACGUACACAACUUUGACUUCAUAAAUGCUAUCAACAGUCUCCAGAAAUCCUGGAGAGCAACACGAUACAAGGAAUACGAGAACCUUGCCUUGGAAGAGCUAACCAGGAGAGCUGGGGGUCUCUAUUCCAGAGCUCCAAGACCAAAGCCUGCACCCCUAACACCUGAGUUACUCGAAAAAGCUUCAAACUUACCAGAAUCCUGGGACUGGAGAAAUGUGAAUGGUGUCAAUUAUGUCAGCCCUAUUCGGAAUCAAGCUUCAUGUGGCAGCUGCUAUGCAUUUUCUUCCAUGGCUAUGCUGGAAGCAAGAAUACGUAUCCUAACAAACAAUACUCAGAAACCGAUCUUUAGUCCUCAGAAGGUUGUGUCUUGCAGCCAGUAUUCUCAGGGAUGUGAUGGUGGCUUUCCAUACCUCAUUGCUGGAAAGUAUGUCCAAGAUUUUGGCAUUGUGGAAGAAGACUGCUUCCCUUACACAGCCCAAGAUUCUCCAUGCACUUUCAAGCACAAUUGUUAUCACUACUACACUUCUGAGUAUCACUAUGUUGGUGGUUUCUAUGGAGGCUGCAAUGAAGCCCUGAUGAAACUUGAGCUUGUUCUGCAGGGGCCAAUGGCAGUUGCCUUUGAAGUUUAUAGUGAUUUUAUGCACUAUAAAGAGGGAAUCUACCAUCACACUGGUCUGCAGGAUGACUUCAACCCUUUUGAACUGACCAAUCAUGCUGUCUUGCUGGUGGGCUAUGGUAAAGAUCCAGAAAGUGGUGAGAAGUUCUGGAUCGUGAAGAACAGCUGGGGCACCUCGUGGGGGGAGGAUGGCUACUUCAGAAUCCGCCGUGGCACUGAUGAAUGUGCAAUUGAGAGCAUUGCAGUGGCUGCAACUCCUAUUCCAAAAUUAUAAAUACAGAGAUCCCCAUCCAGUGCCUUGUCUGAGAAGCAGAUUUCCGGCUGUAAAAACAUACUGAUUGUUGGAAGAGACUGCAGCUAACGUCUGUUCCCUGUGUUAAACAGGAGAGCUUUAUGAAACUGUCUGCAACAGAGGAAGGAAUUUCCUUCCUAAAUGUGGACACUGGAUAACUCUGCUCUAAGCAUUAUAGGCUUCUCUGGAGUCUGACAGUAAAUCGCCUAAAAUGCAAUUGCCAUUAUAGUAACAGUGGUGAUGACUAUUCAUUAGUUGAUAUAAAUCUUCAGUCACCAGUUGCACUUUCUUCCGUGGACAAGCUUGAACUUUAGAUCUCGUACAUUAUCAUGCUUCUCUGUACUCUGAAAGGACACUGUAGUGCCUUACUUCUCAGAAAUCAGGAAAUUACUGCAAUUUAGAAAGUAAGUGUGCGUAGGGGUGAGGGAGAGGGAAUAAGCAAUCAUACUGAUUAAAAGAAAACUUCUAAGGCUUUGAGUGUCUAGCGAAAGCUGCAUGUCAGGCCAUUAUGACCGUAAAAAUUAAUUCUACGUUUUAGGAUGUUACUAAAUGUUUCUGGUUCUGGAUUUUAUUGCUGUGCUUUGCAAAUGAUGAGUGCAGAGUUCAAUAAAAGUUACCUCACUCCUGUAGGAGUUUGUA